AAUACAACCAGACCGCAAGCACUACACUGACACCCGUUUCGAAAUUGAACACCAACACUAGAAAUAGUGUUCGUAUAGGAUUUCUCUACUUGGUCUGUUCGGAUGGUGGAUCAGGACAGUCUUUUGUCUUCUUCAGCUACUGGUUUGGGAUUUAGUGUUUUAUUCCAGGCAUUAUCCCGUGUUCUAAAUUUUAUUGUUAAUCAAUUCACAAUUCGCCUGUCAAAUCCAUUGGCUUAUGGCUUUGCUACUAUUAAAUUAGAGGUACUACAAAGCACUAUAUUAUUUCUUUCUAGAGAAGCAAUUCGAUUAGCUUUACAGCGCUCUCCCCCAAAAUCAAAAUACGCUGAAGGAGAGCUAAAAUUGCCUUACAAGUUUAAGACUAAAGAAGGUCAACGACAGGUUAUUAUAAAUGUAUCGCUGCUUCCUUUGUAUGUUGGAUUUGGUUUAUGUUUAAUUUUGACUCCAAUUUAUCUGAAAAGUUCGGUCGCGGUAAACUCUGCAUCUUUAGCCAUUGGAAUUUACGUUGUCUCAAGUCUCUUACGUCUAUUGUCAGAACAGCUAUAUCAGCAGCUGCAAUGGGAGGAACGUUUUGCUCGAAGGGCAUCUUGUGAAGGCUAUGGUGUCGUGAGUAAUUGCUUUGCAACAUUCAUCUUCACGCUAUUUGAGCGUGGUAGAUCUAGCACAUGUCUGCCUUUUGCUAUUGGCAACUUUGUUGAAUCCGUAACAUGUUUUUAUUUCUUAUGGAAAGCAACGGGCUUUAACCGUGUGUUUUUCGUCCCUACACCUGUAAAUUUUGAUGGAAAAGAAAUUCUUUGGGAUAAAGACAUCAUAACGAAUUUAGGCGGACAAAGCUAUCAACUAGUCCUCAAACAUGUACUAACUGAAGGCGAUAAACUCAUGGCAUCAUGGCUCGCAACGCCGACUGUGCAGGGUCUUUUUGCGUUGGCAACGAACUACGGUUCUAUAUUUGCGAGAAUUUUGUUACGUCCGAUUGAAGAACAGGCACACAUCGUUUUUGCCCAGCUCAAUACUGAUAACACGACUGAUGGAAAAAAGAAAGCUUCAGACGUUGCUUCUCUUUUUAUCCGACUUUAUUUAUACCUUGCACUAUUUGUCGUUUUUGGCUCGCCUUAUAGUUUACUGUUAUUGAACAUCACUGCUGGACGUCAAUGGAGUGGCUCUGAUGCCGCUUCGGUCUUAUCCAUUUAUGCUUACUAUGUUCCAGUAAUGGCAAUAAACGGGAUUACUGAGGCUUAUUUUGUUUCAACUGCUUCUGUUCAAGAGAUAAUAAGUCAAACUCGUUAUAUGUUAUUUAUCAGCGUUGCUUACUUUUUAAGUGGUCUGGUCUUCCUACAGUGGUUUUCUUUAGGUCCCGCAGGUUUCAUUUAUUCCAAUAUGCUCAAUCUUGGCUUAAGAAUCAUCAUUUCCAUUCGGUACAUGUACAAGAGAUUACCAAAUUUUAAGCUGAAAGAUUGUUCACCCGGGGCACCGUUGUUUCUCUUGUCCCUAAUACUUAGAGCUGUGACUCAAUAUACAACGAAUUUAUGGAAAGCUGAUCAGUUGAAUACGCUUUUGUACAUAGCGUCAGCAGCCUUUUCAGCAUCUUUAUUUAGCAUAUGUAUCGCGUACUAUGACAGACUAUUUUUUAAGUCUAUUAGAUUUAAUACGGUAAGAAAUGACACGAAGCCAAAGGAUACGAAAAAGAAUGCAUAAGAACUACUUGUUUCCAGAAGCAAAUACUUGCAGAACAAGGGAUACACUAGCAAUAUCCUAAUAAAAGCAAAAAUACACUUGCCUAUUUGAUCACACAAAGGUAAUGAAUGAAUGUAGCAUACUAUGUAAACACCGAAACUUACGCUUCUCUAACAAGGAUACCAGUUUUCUCGAGAUGCUUCUUAACGUCAGCGAUGCUGCAGGUUUGACGAUGGAAGAUGCCCGCAGCCAGUGCGGCAUCACAAUUGGUUUCAUUAAAAACCUGCUCGAAAUGUUCGGGAAUACCGGCACCGCUAGAGGCAAUUACUGGAAUGGAGACCGCCUGUUUCACUGAACGAAUAAGUUCAAUAUCGUAACCAGAAUUUGAACCAUCUUGAUCCAUACAGUUAAGAAGGAUCUCGCCGGCACCCAUAACUUCACAUGCUUGAACAAGUUGUAUAACAUCCAAGUCACGAUACUCGCGGCCACCUUUUACAGUGCACUGGUACCAAGCAUACUUUUCGCCUUUAGGACCGACUCGGGAAGUCUCAACACAAUGAUGUGAAGUUACAGAAGGAUUGUCAACGUAAUGGCGUUUAGGAUCAACGGAUAUCACUACUGCUUGAUUACCAUAGGCUUUAGAGAUAGUUUCAAUGGCUGUUUUUCCGGUUAAAGUUUUACCGUUUUGGUAGUAUUGUUCAGCAGCAUAGACGGAAUCACUACCAAUGGAAACCUUAUCGGCGCCAGACCGAAAGUACAAACCUGCAACUUCUAACGCAGGAUGGAAAGUACCAUCUGGAUCUGUAAUAUCACGGAUGCCACCACCAACAGUCAAUGGAACGAACACCGUUUCGGCAGAUUUCUCCAAUACUGCCAACAUAGGAGAGUCACGAAGGGGACAGUUUCUGAAAGAAGUGAUAUUUAGAAAGGUGACUUCGUCAGCGCCUUCCUUAAAAUAGCGCUCACAAAGCUCUACAGGUUUGCCCAUAUUACGGACUUCCGAACCAGCAGCUGAUUUCUCACGCACAUCAUACUGGUCGCCCUUCGUCACAACCAGAUCGCCGGCAUCAUUGGAGCGUACAUCCAAACAUGCAAUGAUACGCUUUGUCAAACCACCGACAGCAGUUUCGUUCAGCCGAGAAGCAAGUCCAUCAAUCGGUACUGCAAAUGCUCCGCUCAGGAAAGAACUCAGGCAAUGUAAGCCUGCCAAACCACUUUUCUCGGGAUGGAACUGCGUAGCGAAAAAAUUUUUCUUCAUGAUAGCUCCAAUGAAUUCCUCUCCCUCAUAAACAGUUGUAGCUACCUUAAAUUCCGUCGGUAUGCUCAAUUUGUUUGCAGGAAGCAUGUACGAGUGAACAUAGUAGUACUUACUGUGGGGUCUCAAACCGUAGUAUUCGUGCGUCAGGUCGCUGCGAACAGCACAAGAAUUCCAACCAAUAUGCGGAACAGUCUUAGUUUGUGUAUCGAAUUUUUCCACAAAUCCUUUGAAAAUACCAAGUCCCUCAGAACUUGGCGAUUCGGUAGAGCCUUCAAAAAGUGCUUGGAUACCAACGCAGACAGCCAUAAAUGGCUUUCCUGACGCCAAAUAUUUUCGAAUUGGUUCAAAGUAACCUUGUUCUUUGAGCGAGUCACAAACAAAACCAAAAUUUCCAACACCGGGGAAAAUUAAGCACUAAAAAGUCAGUAAAUACAAUCACCGAUGUUAAUUGUGCACAAACCUCAGCGUCCUCGACUUUCGCUGGAUCACGGAUCCAUUCUGUUUCGUAACCAAGAUACUUGACAGCAUUUACGAGGGAACGAACAUUCCCGCUGCCGUAAUCCAAAAUUGAGACAAUCAUGUUCACGCUAUAGGUAAGAAGUGGAUCCUACCUUUUUUUAUGGUGUAGUGUUAAAAGUUCACGAUAUGCAAAAUCACCUCUCAUCAAAGAUGUCUGUAGGCACUAGACUGAAGGAAAAUACGAUGGAAUACCGAUAUAUAUAUUUUCACAACGGAGUUAUAUUAGAGUAUAAACUAGAUAUUCUCUUGGUAU